ACGCUGCACGACGCUAGAGGAAAACGCACUGCCAACGGACAACGGAGUCAGGUGCGGCGGGAGGUAGCAUGAGGGAGCAGCAGGAUUCCGGCGACGUGACGGGGCGCCGGGGCGGGGUCAUCAGGUCGCUGCUGGGCGUCGAGCGCCGGCUCGCGGAGGGCGACGCGGACGCCGAGGGGGCGCUCGGAGCCUCCUCGGAGAAGCAGCAUUUGGCCGCGGACAGCGGCGAGGAGAGGAAGGCGGUGGUGAGGGUGGUGGCGGCUGACAUGCCGCCCGCGCUGCAGCGCCGCGCGUUCCGCUGCGCCCGCGACGAGCUCGCGGCGAUGCCGCACUUCCCGCGCCGGCUCGAGCCCAAGCGCCUCGCGCUGGCGCUCAAGAAGGAGUUUGAUACUGCUUACGGGCCAGCUUGGCACUGCAUCGUGGGGACGAGUUUCGGUUCGUAUGUCACGCACGCCCGGGGCGGUUUCUUGUAUUUUUCCGUCGAUAAGGUCUACAUCCUGCUCUUCAGGACAGCCGUGGAGCCCUCUAAUCAUUGACGGCCACCGGCCUGCCAGCAAUGGACAAAUGGCUCAUAAAAACGCGCAGUUCUUGGGACAGCUUGCACCAAAUUCAGUUGUUCAGUCAGCUAGGCCGAGCCCUUGUAACUUGUAAAUCGCAUUGUUUCUUGGUAGGCAAAUGUAAACUACUCCUUAUGCUUCUGAUAAAAUUUAACAUUUCAGU